AUGGGUGGGUUCGGAUCCAAGCCAACUCUUCCAAUCAAUGCUCUUCACUUCCGAGUGUACUCGUUCCAAAAUCAAUAUACCUACCAAAGAUGCCUCGAUUAUGCCAACACCAUGUCAGCUCUUGUCGAGCAAGCGGCAGUUACUAGACUCACCGAUGAUCUCACUUUCAUCGCCUGCUACAGGGUCAACCCUUGCAAGAAAAAGGAUAUCAAGCUUGUUCAGGAGGAAAUCAAGAGCUUCGUGGGACCGCAAUACAGUAUGUUUGUGACACUCUACUCUCUCGUCAUAUCGACGUUGGCUGAGUAUCUGAACCUGAACGAUCUUAACAAGGCGUCGACUAUAGUCGAAGUUGAAUUGAUGGAGAUCGCUAGAGAAGGUCAGAGAAGUUUGGGAGUAGAAGAGAGUGAGAAAGCAGAAAAGAUACAGGUUUCAUAUCAAGAAGUAAAUUAA